UCCAGAGGGGCUGGACUGUGAGCCAAAAUAACUCAAGUCAGUGCGCAGCUAUGACUAAAUGUCUGGAGCAGCCGCCACCAGAGAGAGAAACUCAGACUAAGCAACGCAACUACAGGAAGACGAGAAACUUUUAGGGGGGAUCAAGUUUCCCUCUCCACUUUUGGGGCAGACGAACAAAAAAGGCACUCAUCUUUUGAGGAGCCGAAAAGCUGCGACCUCACAGCCAUGAGUUCUCAAACAAGCUUUGGCAGCAGCUUGCUGUUCCAGAGUAUAAAUGAUGACCUGAACGCGUCGCUGGCUACAGCCGACGAGUUGUCCAGGGAGUUCAGUUCCAUGCUGAAGGAGGCCUCCACCGAAAACAACAACACGAACUCUGGAUCUCAGAUCUACUCUACAGUCUCCAGAGAGAAUCAGCCCACCAGGUUAUCCGACACCCCGAUCACAACAAGGGAGUCAUCCAGCAGCAGUAAUGGCAGCUCCAGCUCUCAGCCUUUCUCCCCGAGCUCAGCAGCUUCCCAUCCCACUGACUCCAUCAGCUCCAGGAAUAAAAACGACUCCCCCGUCUUCUUCAGCAGCCCGCUCUCAUCCCCAAAGAUCCGCACGGAGGCGAGCUCUCCGCUUCCUCAGACUGACAGCUACUCAUACAACCAGCGGAGCCCCUUGCCGUCGCCUCACACCCCAAGACGGAGCACCUCCCCUAAUUACAACAGGAGCCCACGUGGCUCGGCCAGUUACAUGGACAGAAGCCCCUCGCCCAGCCCCACACGUCUGGACCGGCCAUCUCGGUCUGCCCCGCUUCAACCCAGUUCCAACCUGCUGAGCCCCUAUGACAGCUCAAUGGGUCGUAGGUCGCCUCGGCCCGAGCGAAGCCCCUCUCCUCUGGCUUUAAAUCUUUCAGGGUCCAACACACUGCCACGAAAUUUUGGCGGUUUCAACCAUCCUGAUGAGGGUGUGCAACGGCAAAAGACUCCUGCCAAGUGGAAUGAAACAGAUCUGGACGUGUCCUACGAGAGGAAGCCUCACCACACUUACGACAAGACUGAGUGGCUGCGGCCGUCUGUGCCAAAUAGCAGCUGGAGAGAAUCCAACCUCGAUGGCCCUCCUCUGGCCCCAAGCCCUAAAAAGGUUUCUCUCUCUAAACCUCUCCAGUAUUCUCAUGGCUCUCUCCCCCGUAACACGCGGAUAUCAGUCCCUCCAGAUGUUUCAUCCCCUCUCCACUCCCCCUAUCACCUUCAGCCCAUCGUCUCCCGAAUUUCUAUUCCUCCCACAUCCACUCAGUCCCGUCCACGCAAGCCCAUCCCUCUCUCCGUCAUCAUGCGUCUCCAAAACCCUCACUGGGGAGCGAUGGCGACCCGCCACCCCAGAAUCCUGGAAGAAGGUGAUAUGGGACCCUACCCACCAGUCGUACCCUUCCCAAGGGAAUUUAUGAACCAACCUGUACUCCACCCACCUGAGCUGAGACAGCCAGCCAUUUACAGUGAUGUGCUAAACCAAGGCGAUGUAGACGCAGAGUUAGAGCGGCUGGACUUUGUUCAUCACGUACCUGUGAUUAUGGAGGAUCCCAGCAUGCCGGAGGGCAGAAGGGAGGGUGAGCAGGCCCCACCCACAGCUCCCCGUCCCCUCAGCCCCACCAGGCUACAGCCGGUGGUGGCUCCUGAGGCCCAGAGCCAGGAAAUCCCUAACCUGGAGGAGCUGCUCCGCAUCCGGGCAGAAAUUCCCCGAGCCCUGAAGAGAAGGGGCUCCGUGGAUCAGUCGCAGCCCCUGAAGAAAGCCUCCCACUACCAGCCCAACCAGUACAAACAUCUCAUCGACAAGCUGUUUCGCAGGAAGGAAAACCGCCGGAAGGGGGAGCAAGGCAGCGAGACAAGCAGUUCCUCCGAGGGAGAGGAGUGUGCCAUGCCGCCUGCUCCUCCACCGCAGACAUCUUCACUGGUUCCCCAUGACUUCAGAAGUUACCAUUCCAUUCUGCGGCGGUCCAAUCGGGAACGCAAAGGAGGCGGGAGGCGAGCCCGGCUCAGCCCGCUCGUCCUGCUGCUGGACGGAGCGUUAGUUGGAGAGCUGGAGACGGUGCAGAGGGCCGUGCAGGAGAUGACUGAUCCGAGCCAACCCAACGAUGAAGGCAUCACUGCCCUUCAUAAUGCCAUCUGCGGCGGCCAUUACAAUGUUGUGGAUUUCCUGGUUCGCAUCGGAGCCAAUGUCAGCGCCCCAGACAGCCACGGCUGGACUCCACUGCACUGCUCGGCCUCUUGCAACGACCGUCCUCUGUGUGAGUUUUUGGUGAGGAAUGGAGCUGCUGUCAUGGCCAUGACGCAGAGCGACGGCGCGACCGCCUCCCAGAAGUGUGAUCCUUACGCCGUUGGAUUUGAAGAUUGUGAGAGCUUCCUGAGGGGUGUGGAGGAGGCCAUGGGGGUGGAGAACAGCGGGGUGCUGUACGCUCUGUGGAACUACCCGGCUCAGGCAGCCGAUGAGUUGAGCUUCAAAGAGGGAGACAUGGUCACCAUCCUGCAGAAACCUGAAGGGUCGGACUGGUGGUGGGCCUCGCUCUGCGGCCGGGAGGGCUUUGUUCCAAACAACUACUUUGGGCUUUUCCCAAAAGUUCGUCCAAAAUCUCUCUGCUAAGUGGUCGCUGGAUGAUCAGCCCUGGUCAAACUGGUGCAGAGGACUGUCUGAAAAACUGCUUUACAGCUUCACACUGUUGUUUUUUAAGGACUGUCCGUGUGAUGAUAACAAAAAAAGGCUAUAUUGCUGCAGGGCAUGAAAAAUGUUUUGGAUCUGUCAGUCAGGGGAGUUGAAGGAGAAGUCUCAGUAUUCAUUUUUGGCCUCGCUGACAAGGAUAAAUCUUUUGUGCUGGCUCUGCUGUAGUGUAUUUUUUUUCUUGAAAGCUACAACUCUGUAUUCUGCUAAACCUUUCUGUCAAACAUGAUGUCUGUCCAAAGGUUACACAAAGGCCAUACUAUCUGCUGUUUUACUCAGCCUUUUUUUUUUUCUUUCUUUUUUUUCCAGUCAGAAAUCGACAUUUCUGACUCGCUGGCUGGUUAUUAACGAGAAUGCAAAGAGUCGCCGCUGGUGUUCUCUGUCCACGCAUCAGCAAGGUCAAUUCAGCUGUUUACUAAUAACAAACACGACUGUUGCUGCUGCAAUCGGAGCAGAAUCAACCUAAUCAAUACUGGAACAGAGUUGUACGCUGCUUCGUCACGGAGGUAUUGAGCAGGUGACAGGUGGUCAGGAGUUGACGCUGACCUUUUAUUGUGCGAAGCAACUUCAGACCACUGAUGGAUCCGACUAACACAUUCGUGAUUUUACUAGCCAGAUGUUUUUUAGACGAGCGAUGUUGCAUUCCAGUUAGCAUUUUAUGUUUCUGGGAAGCAUCGAUACUGUUCACAUUACACGCACAUGGACCGAUGUUGUCACGCUGGGUGGUUGAGGGGAUGGUGGUGGUCUUACAGUUUGGCGAGACGGCGGCUAAGAGAGAGGGUGUUUCGAUGUUUGUCGGCAUGAAACCACUGGAUAUUCUGCCAACUUUACACCCGGACAGGGACUAAAGAUGAAAACUAGCCUCUGGCUUAUGCUGACAUAUUUAAAGUAAUGUUACAUACACUGUCCCUAAGAAACAGUGGAUAUAAAUUUUAUUUUAUUUUUUUAAACAGACACUUCCAGACAAGGCAUCCAGACAUUUUCCUGCUAUGUAUUUUAAGCCAAAAGGUGAUAACUUCCAAAAUGCUGUUUUUUUUUGUGCCUAAACGUAAGCACGAGAACAACAUGUCUUCAGACAGAAAAUGUAACGUAAAUAAACGUGAAGUUACGUCAUAAAGCAAUGUUGAGUUUUAACAUGUCCGCGGUUUGCAGAAACGUACAUUGCCAACAUUUAUUCUGAUGAUAGGGUUGCAUGUUUAGACUGUUUUUAAAUGAAUCUUGAAAGGGAAUGCAUGUUUUCUUCGACUAUGGAACUGACCUUUUUGUAGAUGUAUGUGUAGUCACAGUCAUUGAAUGUUUGGUGACGCACUGUUGUUGAGUUUUGUAUGUUAUCAGUUUUCAGAGUAACACUUGUGUAGCGAGGGACUGCUGUGCACUUAACCUGUAAACCCCUUCCCGAGGGGCACAAAAGUGACCAAAUGUUUAAAUAUUCAAUAAAUACUUGAGUCACGUGUUUUUGGUUUCCUUUAAAAUCUUUUGUCACAUUCUUAUCUUUGUGGCUUAAAUUUAAGACUGUGAAAUGUGAUUACCGACCAGCAGAUGAUGCUGUAGAAUCAAGUUUAAAUUCUGCACCAGCUAACGUUUACGUUCGUCAAUACUCAGAUAUAAACUAAUAUAUAGUAAAACAACAUUUAUUGAGGCAGCUUUGUGCAGUGUUAGUCCUGUAUGCUGUGAAUUACAUUAAACCCUCUUAGUACUU